AAGGGCGUCACCCGAUUCGGAGGAAAAGAAGCGAAACUAAACUUUCUCUUCCCUUUUGGAGGCGGCGAUGGCGUCCGGAGCCUCCUUGCAGGAUUUGCUGGAAGAAGCCACCUGCUCCAUUUGCCUGGACCUUUUCCAGGACCCCGUGCUCAUCCCGGAGUGCGGCCACAACUUCUGCCGGGGCUGCCUGACCCGCAGUUGGGGGACGUCGGAAUCGGAGGUUUCCUGUCCCGAGUGCAGACAGACCUUCGCGCCCCGCAGCGUCCUCCCCAACCGGCAGCUGCAGCUGGUGGAAGAAACCAGGCGAUGCGGAGGCCCUUGGGGCGAGGAAGGGGGGAGCUUCUGCCCGAAGCACCGGGAGCCCCUCAAGCUCUUUUGUAAGGACCACGAGACCCACAUCUGCUUGGUCUGCGAUCGAUCCAAAGAGCACGAGGGCCACCCGGUGAUCCCUGCGGAGGAGGCUUUCUGGGAAUACCAGAUCAAAGUGGAGGAUUGUCUGAAGGCUCAGAAGGAGCAGAAAGAAAAAAUAGCUACUUACAAAAGCGACACAGAGCAAACAGUGCAGGAGAUGCUUGACCUCAUUGAAAAAGUGAAAAAAAAUGUAGUGGCUGAAUUCAGAGAACUACAACUCUGGUUGGAAGGACAGGAGAAGCUUCUGCUGGCUAGAAUGGAAGAGACGGAGAAGGAUAUUAUGGCAAGAAAGGAGAAGGGUUUGGCCAAGCACAUGGAGGAAGUGCGCUCUCUCGACCAUCUCAUCCAGGAGAUAGAAGAGAAGCUUCAGCAGCCAGCCAGCCAACAGGACAUUGGAAGCAUCUUGAAGAAAUACCAGGCUAAGGAAACAUAUGAGAAUCCGGUGGAUUUACUUCCAGAGCCAAAAUGGACCAUCUGGGAUUACAGUGAUAUCCCUGGGCUUCUGAAAAGUGCCAUGAAAAAAUUGAGAGAGUCUCUGAUGGCUGGACUUCAACUUCAGAAAGCACAUGUAUUUCUGGAUCCAGACACAGCUCACCCUCGUCUCAUUUUGACAGACGACUGUAAAAGCCUGAAAAUGGGCGAGUUUUAUCAACCUCUACCCAAAACCCCAGAAAGAUUUGACGAAUGGCCUUUUGUCUUAGCCUGUUCAGGAUUCACUACUGGCAGGCAUUUCUGGGAAGUCGCUGUGGGGACAGACGACACCUGGGGUGUAGGAGUUGCCCGAAAGUCUAUAAGGAGGAAAGGAGACAUUGAAUUUAGUCCAGAAGAAGGAUUCUGGGCCGUGGGGAAGUGGGACGGCAACUACACAGCAUACAACCCUCCGUUCUAUACCCCCUUGACGUUACGUAGGAUGCCCAAGAAGAUCAGAAUAAUUCUGAACUAUGAAGGAGGGUGGGUGACUUUUUUUGAUGCCGAUACAGGAGCUCCUCUCUUUGCAUUUUCUGCACCCCCCUUCGCUGGAGAGGUGAUCCUUCCCUUAUUUUAUGUGUUUGGAAACGCUCGCCUUUCCAUCACUCACUAAGGCUGUUAUGUCUGCUUCUCAGUCUUGGUUGUAGUAUGUGUUACAUCUGGAAAAAUCUAUAAUCAAGAAGAACAAGAAACAAGUGGGGAUCUAAGGUGGCUUUUCCCCUCAGUCUUGGUCUCUUUAGGUCAGGUGGGGCUGCAGCUUUCAGCUUUUCCAAGUCAGUGUGAUUGUUUCCAUCCUGCCUUCUGGAGUCCCAGCAUGUAUGAAGAAGGUCAAUAAGGAAAAUGCUAAUCGAAAAGGAUCUCUGCCAGCUCUUAUCAAACCUCCAUUACCUUUCAGACAGAUUAAUGGCUAACUGAUGCAGAGUUCAUCUUUAUUCUUUUUAAGGAACAAUAACAUCACUGCUCAAAGGUAACAUUUCCCCUCAGCAGAGAAACAGGGCUUCUCAUAUGAUGAGCGUUUCAUUAACUCAAGACCUUGGUGAUUUCCAGAUAAGUGGACUUCAACUCCCAGAACUUUUAUUUGCUAGCCAUGCUGGCUGUGGCAUUCUGAGACUUGAAGUCUACACUCUUGGGAAUGGCCAAAGUUGGGAAACACUGCCUUGGCUGAUUUUCACAUCUUGGGGACUUCACACAGCUGGCAUUGUCCAUCCUCCUGUCAUGUUUUUUUUGAAAAUAUCUGAUAUAAAGAAUCCUUACUAUUGAUCUUGUGUCAUAGUGGUACAUUUGUGGAACUACAGAGGGACAUUGU